AUUCAGUUUCAAUCGUAACUCUGUGGCGUUCACUCACGAAAUCCGUGUUCUUUUGUCUUGGAAAGUUCUUUCUUCUUAAUUACAUUUCCUUGGAUCCUUUCCGGGAUUAAAUUCUUCAAAACGUUCUAUUUGAAAGUGUCCGCUUUUGAAGAGAAAAAAGGAAAUUAAAAACGGAAGUAAAAAAGGACGUAGUGAUUAUUAAAGUUUGUUGAAAGUUAGUACAGAAAAAGCGGGAGAGAGAGAAAAUCUUCUUGAGAUAAUUGCAAAGUGAAGUCCAUCCUUGGAUUGGUUGCCAAGAGAUAGAAGGAUUUAAUCUUGACUUUUGAAGUUCUUUUUUUUACAAUUUUCAUUUUUGGUGGAAUUAAAUUGUAAUUUCCAAGAGUAUUUCAUAUUAAUUGUGUGUGAAUUCUUUACGCUGAAAGUUUUUUGAAGUUUUGGUUUUUUUUUACUUUGGACAUCUCAAGGAAAUCUUGCACGGAACGGAAGAUUCUGUAGAGUUUACGCAAGUACCUGUGUGAUUUGAUUUACUCAGCGCGUGCGGAGUACCAGAGAGAAGUGAGCGAAGUGUGUAAAUUACGCAGUUUUUCGCUAAGUGUGCAAUUUGCAUUGGAAAGUGCAACCACUCUCUGGUAUUGUCCUCGAUUGCAGUCAAGAAACCAAAAUGGCCUUAAUUAUGAAAUAUAUAGACAGUAUGCAGCGAUAUAUGGACUCCUAUGGAGAUCCACGGACAAAAGAUUGGCCGAUGAUGUCAUCACCAUUCCCAACAUUAGCCGUCUGCCUAUGUUAUGUAUACAUUGUCAAGGUUUUGGGGCCACGACUUAUGGAGAAUCGGAAACCAUUCCAGUUACAAAAUACCCUGAUAGUCUAUAAUUUUUUGCAAGUAGUAUUUAGUACAUGGCUGUUUUACGAGAUCAGUAUAUCCGGUUGGCUAACGGGACAUUAUAACUUCCGCUGUCAGCCAGUUGAUUAUAGUAACCACCCUAGAACACUGAGGAUGGUUCACGCGUGCUGGUGGUACUACUUCUCCAAGUUUACAGAAUUUAUGGACACGAUUUUCUUCGUACUACGCAAGAAAACUAGCCAAGUGUCUACACUGCACGUUAUCCAUCACGGUUGUAUGCCAAUGUCAGUUUGGUUUGGAGUUAAAUUCACACCAGGUGGUCACAGCACAUUCUUCGGCCUGCUCAACACUUUCGUCCACAUUGUGAUGUACUCAUACUAUCUGUUUGCCGCAAUGGGAACACAAUACCACAAAUAUCUCUGGUGGAAGAAAUACCUCACGACCCUCCAGAUGAUUCAAUUUGUUGCAAUCAUGGUGCACGCAUUUCAACUUCUCUUCAUUGACUGCAACUACCCGAGGGCAUUUGUAUGGUGGAUUGGUAUGCAUGCCGUUAUGUUCUUCUUCCUCUUCAAUGAAUUCUACAGACAAACAUACAAAGAUGCCAAAGAGAGGAGAAGAAGGGCUGAAGCUAAUCGCAUUAUGCAAGCCACAGAGAAGAUGCUGGGCAUCUGCACGAACGGCACGCUGAGCUCGCGGAGUGAGUACAGCAAUGGGUCAGCAAAGCACGACGACGGUGAGGAGCAACACCUUGUUGGCAAUGGGACAGCCAAGACGGCAAGUAAGGCUGCCGAUUACUACGUCCGUGGCGAAGUACCGGCAGACAUAACGCAGCGGAAAAUCAUUGAGAAAUAAUAUUUAAUGCAAUUUCAGUAAAAAUUCUAUCGUAAUGUCAUUUUUUUUAGUUCAUAAGCGAUGUCUUUUUUUUAGAAAUAAAAAAAAUGCAGGAAAAAAAUACAGAAAGGGAAGAAAAUUGGGAGUCAAAAAAAAAGAAAACAACUAAUCUUAGGAAGAUGUUUAGAAAUUUAGGUAUUUUAAUGAAUGCGAAACGGUGAGGACGAUUUUUUUUUGUAGAAAUUUUAAGUGUUAAGCAAUAUUUAAUGAAAAACACAAAAUAAUUCUUGUGAAGUUAAACCGUAAUUGUUUUCAAAUGGCGUGUUUCUUAAAUCCAGUUCCGAAAGAUUGAGAAAAAAAAUACUGAGAAACACAAAAAAGUAGAUUUUAGUGGGAGGAAAUUUAAAGAAAAAAAAUAUCGUGAGACAAUUUUAACAGGAAAAUUUUUAUUUAACAAAAUAAUUGAGUAAAAAAAUCAAAGGGAUGUAACAUUUUUUAUUAAAAAUUGUUUGAUCCGUUUUAUUAUCUUAAUAAUUCUUUUUUUUUUAACUAAAGAAAACAACAAAUUUGAAAAGCAGCGAGAAAAGGGAAUAGAAAUAAAAACCCAUAAAUAUCCAACACACUUUCGCAAAUUUGGCUGUGAGAAAUAUCUUCGUGGAAUUUCACCAGGAAAAAUAAUCCAGAAGAAGAAUUUAUGUGAAUUUCUUCGAUUUAAUUGUUUGUCUAAAGAUGUGGAAAAGUGGAGGUGAAAAAUAAGGGUUGGAGAUGGUUUUGUUUUCCAUACAGCACACAAGAAUAACUUCAAAUAAUUCAAAAGUGGUAAACAGAAUUUAAAAGAAAGAGAAUUUAUUUUUCAUGAAUU